AUAUAUUUUACAAAGACUAGGCUCCUAUAAAUAAAGCAUAGCAUUCCAAGUACUUUGUACGUGUUGAAGUGGAGAAAAAAUGCAGUCAAAUAUAGAUAGAUUUAUAGAGUGCUUUUGCGUUCCGAAAGAGCAACCUUCCCUCUCCAGCAUGAAGCAAAAGAUUGUCAUGAAAGUGCAACUAAACUCUGAGAAGUGCAGAACCAAGGCCUUGAAGAUUGCUGCAAAGGCCAAAGGUGUGAGCAAAGUGUCCAUAGAAGUAGACAAGGGGCAGGUGGAGGUGAUCGGAAAUGGAAUUGAUGCCGUUUGCUUGGCCAAGUUGUUGAAGAACAAGCUUGGCUUCGCCACCAUAGUAGUUGUUGAAGAAGUGAAAAAAGAAAAGGAGGAAAAGCCAGCGGUUCCAAUUCCAUGGAUAUCAAGCUAUCUUCACUAUCCACAGUAUCAUGCGUACUAUGAUGGGUUCUAAGGAUACUAAAAUAAGCGCUUUUACUUGAGUUCUUUUCUUCUCAGUGAUAUAGAAAAUAGAUACCCCAAGUAUAAGAACUUUUAUUAUUUAAUAAGGAACUUAUAGUUCAAGUGAUUAAAAGCAUUUAUUCUACACUCAAAAUGUCUAAAAAAUCCAAUAUUUUGAUCGAUAAGAUUUAUCACUUAAUUAUCAUCUCAUAUCAUAUGGAACUAAUACCAAACAGAUAAAGCCCGAACAAAUAAAAAUUUGUUCUAGACUAAACGGGUGGCUCAAAUUAAUAUUACAUGCAAGGUUGAUCAAUCGCACCAAUACCAAUUAGACUCCACCAUAUGUUUUCAGGAUAAGCUCCACAUAGAUGGGUCCUAGGACUACAUACACAUCAGCAACAGUCACAUAGAUGAUAAUGUAUUUGUCCUCUAUCUUUAGCUAACAAAUGAAAACUAAAACUAAAAAUUAUAAGUAAAUUAAGUAUCAAACGAGCCUCUAAAUUUUACUCCCACGUAUCACUUUACGUGCGGCGAAUUUUUAAGUGAAACACGUGGACAACAUGAAUUAGGUGGCCAUGAAGCACGUGUGGCCUUUGGACUUCACACAUAGGCCAACCUGCUAUGAUGCCAUGAAUAAAGAAGAGGGUAAUAAAAUCAAUUGGCAAUAUAGGGAAUAGCCCAACCUUUUAUAAGUCUUUGCAAGGUUUCUUAGUUUACUGACAUGAAACUCUUUUACCUUCACAUUCUCAUACUGACGGAUGGACCAUCCAUGAGUAACAUCAAGGCUAAGAACUAUAUGAAUGGUGGCAGUUAUGACCAUGGGACUGAAGGUAUUGUCGUAAUCAAAACCACGUUGUUGACCAUAUCAUUUAGCUACUAGACAGUCUUUAUAAACAUUCAAUGGAACCAUCUGCGUGGUGCUUGACUUUGAACACCCAAUUACAAGGCAUUCUGGACCAGACCUGCUUGAAAAUACAAGAAGCCGGGCUGGGGCGGAUUUUACUAUUUUAAAACUAAGAACCGGACCUAAUCCGGCCCGUAUAAAACGGGUCGGUUCCUAUGGGUCCAACGGGUACCCUGUUUUUUUUUUUUUUCUUCUUCUAAUUUCCAAUGUUCUAGAACCCAGAUUCCUAGUCAAAUUUGAGUUCGAAAUUGAAUUAGACGGGAAGAGGACGUCGUUGGAGAUCAAAUCAAACUCUUUCCUUAACCGCUGCAAGAAAAUCCUGCAAGCGUCCAUCCUCAGUUCAACAACUGUAGCCAAUUAUUUUUUUUUUUUCUGCCAACACAAAAGGUGAGGGAUGACCUCGUUGAGGUCGUCUUCCUCAGCACAGAAGGGAAUCUACGGUUGAGAAUAAGUCGUGCACAACCCAGUUGAUGCCCGAGUGUUGGACGAAAUGUGUGACUACAUGCUUAAGCAAGUCGUAGGCUAUUUUGAGGUAGGGGGCUUUGUUGAUGGUAGCUCGGAGGUGGACUCAACGGAUUCAGGUAAGCCAUCAACAACGGAGAGAGGAAGCUUAACGAAAUCGAUCGAGUUAAUAGCACUACAGAAUCUGGGGAGUCAAACCAGAUUAGGUGGUCAACUCCAAUCUCUUCACCUUCAUCUUCUCCGAUCUGUUUGAGUGCCACAGAAUCGACCCAGUUGUUCACCUUCGUCUUCUCCAAUCUGCUUAAGCCUCCCGUUUUUCGUUGUUCGCCCCCUCGAGUUCAACAGAGAGAGAUAUUGAGUUUGUCAUUUUUCCCUUUGAGUUCAAUAGAAAGAGACCGAGAAUCGAUAGGGAUGAAAGUUAUUCUGGACUCUAGAAGAGAAAGAUCGAGAGGGAGAAGAUCUAGACACAAGAAGGAUGAUGGAGAGAGGAGAUUCAGUCUGAGAUUGGGAGUCUUCUAGAAAGUGAAUUGAGAGGAGAUUCAAUUCAUUGGAUAUGGUCCGGGCCGGGGGCCCAUGUCUUUAGAAAAUUGGAACCGCCCCUUCCUGCCGUUUACUUGGACCCGCCUCGCCCCGCCCCGUUUGGUAUAUAACAUAAUAUGGACCCACCCCGAACAGCUAGUACUCACCCAUACCUGCAGGCCCAGGGCCCGUUUGCCUACCCCUAGUAUUAUCAAGCGGUUAGUCGGGUCUAGGUGGAGGCCUAAACGAACUAAACUAAACGGAUUUUAUGUAAAUUUAUUAUAUUAUAUAUAUAUAUGUGCAUAUUUAGACUUACAAAAUGCAAAAUUGUAUUGUGAUUUAUCAAUUGCAAAAUAAAAUGACAUACAAAUUAUAAAGUAUUAGAACAUAUUGCAAAAUGAGUAACAAACAUAUAGUAAGUGUUCAUCCAAGUAUUUAACAAGUCUCUUACAUUUUAUUGACAAAAUAAAAUAAAAAAUUAAAGUCACCGAUUUUCUAUCUAAAUGAGAGUCGUGACAUAAGCAGGUUUAGGCAAGCUAGGCAAGCGCCUAAGCAGGAUAAGCGGAAGCCUAAGUGGAUUUAGGACCACUUUCUUAGUUUUUAAACGCCUAGAGACUAACCAGUAUCAUGGCUAGCUGCCUAGCUCUUAGGCGAGGCCUAGGCAAUGUUAGGUAGAGAUUUUUAGAAUAGUGCUAUAAAUAUAGCAUAGCUUUCGGUACUUUUUAUUAACCUCUAAAGUGCUCAAGUCCAAGAAACAAAAAUACACAACAGAAAUUCAUAGAUUCAUAAAAUAUAGAGUUUCCGUACAGAAAAUAGCUAGAUUUUUAUACAAAGGUGUAGCAAAAGAUAGUUAUGAAUGUGCAAUUGAGCUGUGAAAAACUCAGAACCAAGGCCUUGAAGAUUGCUGCAGUCGCUAAAGGUAUGCAAAAUAUAUGCAGCAGUCUUUAAACUUAAGGCCAUCCUCGUCCAUGAUCUGAAUGGAUCUUUUAGUCCAGAAAUAUCUAAAAACCUUCUCCAGCAAGCAGGUUAAAAUUAGGUAUGGUUCGGCAUUGAGGUGCUUAAAAAAAAGCUACUUAUUUUCAAAGUUUUUAUGUUGAAGGUGUUUGGUAAACUAAAACAAAAGGGGAUUAUUUUGGAAGCUGCUGUGAUUGACAGCUGAAAUCAUCAGCAAAACUGAAGCAGCUAAAUGCUGCUGGAAAACUGGCUUUUUUUCAAAGCACGCAGAGCUACAGUGCAUCUUUAAUGAAACUUUCUAAAGUCCAAUAACACCCUCGAACCAGAAACGGCUUCACCGAUCUCCAUCGUCCCUCGAACCCAACCCCUUCUUGGCUUCAAAUUGAUUUCUCUCUCUCCUACGAGACCCAAUGGAUUUGUCUCCAUCAUCUGACGCAUGAACCCACAACUUCAAUCGACUCAAUCUUGUUCCCCUACACAAGAAAUGGAAACACAGAAACCCACCAGACUACCACAACCAAAACCGAUAAUCGCAUAAAAAAAAAAUA